AUUUCCUUAAUAAGUUAAAUGUUAACUUAGGUAUUCCUAACUGACGGAUAUUGGAAAUACGGAAUGUUGACUGAUCUUCUGAAUAGCUUAUCGACGAAUCCUUAUUUUGGCGCCGGCUUUGGCCUUUUUGGAGUCGGAGCAGGUGCGGCGAUUCUUCGCAAAGGCCUACAAGGGAGUAUUGUAUUAUUCAGACGACAUCUUAUGAUUACAUUGGAAGUACCGUGCCGUGAUAAAUCGUAUCAAUGGUUGUUGUAAUGGAUAACAGCUCACGCUGCUCGUGACACGCAACACCUAAGUGUUGAGACUUCAUUUGUGCAAAAAGAAACUGGAAAAAUUAAAACCAAGUACGAUUUCAUUCCCAGCAUUGGAAAACAUUUGAUGCGUUAUAAAGGAGUGUGGAUGCAGGUUGAAAGGUCGAGAGAACAACAGACUUUAGAUCUGCACAUGGGCGUUCCUUGGGAGUCGGUAACGAUAACUGCGUUUGGAAGAAACAAACAGCUUUAUUUUGAAAUGUUAGAGGAGGCUCGACAAUAUGCACUUCAAGCAACAGAAGGAAAAACCAUUAUGUAUACGGCUAUGGGCUCUGAAUGGAGGCCAUUCGGACAUCCGCGAAGGCGCCGCCCAUUGUCUUCGGUUGUAUUAGAUAAACAAAUAUCAAUGCGAAUUAUCAGUGACUGCAAGGAAUUUAUUAACAACCCCCAAUGGUAUGCAGACAGAGGAAUACCAUAUAGAAGAGGAUAUUUAUUAUAUGGUCCCCCUGGUUGUGGGAAGUCAAGCUUCAUUACUGCUUUGGCAGGAGAACUAGAAUAUGGCAUAUGUUUACUUAACUUGUCAGAGAGAGGAUUAACUGACGAUAGAUUGAACCAUUUAUUAAAUGUUGCUCCGGAACAGUCUAUAAUAUUACUUGAGGACAUUGAUGCAGCCUUCGCGUCCCGUGAAGAUGUGCAGCACCAAAAAGCAUCCCUCAAUCUAAUUAUGUUGUGCAGGUUGGAGUAACCAAACUCCAUAGUUGUGAUUUCAAAAGACUCAUGAAACGUGAGCCAUUCUUCUGGCAAUCCCGUAAAGGUAGGCAAUGGAUAUAUCUUCUGGAGUGAAUUCAAAAUGGCGUCGACAUUGGCAGAAUUACCAAGCAGAGACUCUACGGCUUCUUUGGCAGAACCUUUCAGUGCAUCCCUCAAUCUCAUUAUGUUGUGCAGGUUGGAGUAACCAAACUCCAUAGUUGUGAUUUCAAAAGACUCAUGAAACGUGAGCCAUUCUUCUGGCAAUCCCGUAAAGGUAGGCAAUGGGUAUAUCUUUAUGUGUGGAAUGGACGUUGAGUUGUUGGCUGUGGAAUUGUGGACGGACAUUUCUGAGGUUACGGAAAUUUGGUGAGUUGGUGCGUGAGAUGGCGUAUUCUCAGGAUGUGAUGGUAGCUGUUGCUGGCAAGAUUGUGGCGGUUAAUGAAGUGGCUGUUGUUGGCUUAAUUGUGGCGGUUAUUGUUGUGACGGUGUUGACUGAUUAUGCUGCAAUGGAUGGAUGGUGGACUCAGAGUAUGGCAUUCAUACUGUAAUUAUUAACUACCUCUGCGACUGCAUCAGUAUGAAUGCUAUUCAGACCCGCUUGAUAGGCUUCAUGAUCUAGGGGCUCUCUCUUAUAUCGCUGGACCUCUCUCUCUAGAUCGUGCAGGUCCUUCAUGACACGCCUGGGUGGGGGAGUUCUAUCCUCCAUAUGGUGGUUAGGGUGACUCCCACGAUAACACCCAAGCAGGUAUUGCAACGAAAGCAUAUGAUUAUGAUGACGUAAGGGAAGAACCUUCGUCUCCUCAUGUAAAUGGUCCACAGGAGUCAUGAGGAGGCACCUGAAACAGUUCUCAGGGCGGCAUUCUGGCAGGUCUGAAUGCUUUUCCACUGCGUUGCACUUGUAUUCGCCGACCACACUGGAGCCGCAUAGCUAACCACAGACCGACCUAUCGCUUUAUAAGAAGUCAACAAGGUUUCCUUAUCCGCACCCCAAGUGCUGCCGGCUAGCGCCUUGAGGACCUUGUUCCUACUUUUUAUUUUAUCGCAAAUAGCUGUGGCUUGCGCGGAAGACUUGAACAUGCUAUCGAAUGUGACCCCAAGGAUUUUGGGGUAGUUGGUGGUCGGAAUUAUAUGCCCCUCGACCUGCACAUUCAGCUGUGUUCUCAUCUCCGCAGUCCAUGUGGUAAAUUGUGUGGCCGUCGAUUUAGUGGCGGAUAUUUUCAUAUUCCUCGCGUGGAAAGGCUAAUUGUGAAAACAUUUGAGUGACUAAUUGUUAUGGCAUUUGAAUGGCGGUUUCUAAUAAUUGUCUCUUCAUUUGCGUGGCUAAUGUUGACUGUAUUUGCGUGGCUUGUUGUAAUUGCAUUUGCUUUGAAUUAUCAAGAAAUUGUGUUUGCAUUGCCUGAAUUUGUUUUUGCAUCGCUGUUAUUUGCAUCUUCAUUUGAUUUUUUAAAUCGCAGAUUUCGUUUGUGGAUUUGUAGGUUGUGGCUGGUGAAUUUGUGGUAGUUUUUUUGGUAGUAGUUGAGCAAGCAGCUGAUUUGUGUUAUUUGUGCAAGACAUACUGACCGAAGCUGUAUUUUCAGGUUCGUUUUGGAGGCUGUCAGACGGCGUAUUAAAUUUUGGCGAAUGAGCGAUGGACAUUUCGUAAGUGUCUGGAUCAAAACGAGCUGGUGGAAUUCUUCGGCUGCUUGUUCUUCUUGACUCUCUCUCGUUCCGGAGAAAAUCGGUAUUCUUGUACAGCAUUUUUUUUUUUCAAAAAACCGUAAAAAUGGAAAAUGCACCCAUUAUGAGGUAUAUAUCGAUUUUGUAGAACCGGAUAAAAGCCAGAUUUUGUAUUCAAAUUUUCGGAUGAAAUAACUAGGUAUUUCCCUACGAAAAAUUACUUUGCAGCAAUCAGGUUCAAAUAGUUACCUGUUAUAUAAAAUUUAAAAUGAUGCAUGCAAACCUUUAAAUCUGACUUGCUUCAAAAUUAUUACUGACAAUGAGUUGUUUGUUCUUUAACAAAUUUCAAAUGUUUUUCUUCAUAAAUUGUUUACAAUGUCACAACUUUCUUGAGUUCGCUGUCCUUUCAAAUCGCUUAAUAGUUAUAUAAACUCUCGGCAGAUUGUGGCACAACUACAGAAAGUAAAAAAAGCUACCUCCAAAAUAUUUUUUUCUAUUCUAUCAAAACAUUUACACAGUUUGUAUGUGUGUGUUGUUUUGAAUAAAUAAAAAAAAUAUGAAUUAUUUUCAAAUCUAGGCAACAGAUAAUAAUUUUUAUAAU